AGAUGGUCCCUAUUCGUCGCUUAACUCAGGACACCGGGAGUGGAAGGCAACCGGUACGCGCUGGGUCUCAGCCGCUGCAAAAACCCGGCAUCGCAGGGCCAAGAGUUGUUCCAGGGUCCUCCGCCGACUCCAAACCAGCGGGUCUUGACCAAGGGAUUCCAAGAGAGAGAAUUAGGCCCGGCUAAGCACCUGGGAGCAGCGGCGGAAAAAGGAGAGAAAAUCAUCAGGCACGAUGCCAAAAAUGAACUGUGACCUGAAAAAGAGAAGAAAGGAAAAUUGUGCAGGAUGCUACGUUUUGUUUUUUAAAAGUGGGGGUUGAGGCAAUAAAAUACGGAAUAUUUGAUUAACGUAAUCCAGAAUUGUAAAGUUGAUUGCUCGGGAUGAAGAAAGGACUGGGACACAGGCGAUGGGCCUACUUUCCACCGUGAACUGCGGCUCCUCUUUUGAAUUUUGAACCAAGUUUCAUCCAAGAAAACCUUACUGAGCUUGCCAAGAACUGCUCUAAAAACAGGAUUCAGCCGUGAACAAACCUAGUACAGUCCAUCUUAAAGCUGACAUUCCAGAGGAGAUAGAGUGCGGGCACAGAGCCGGCCCUGAGAAGGGAGCGCGCUAAGAGACGACUUUACACAGUGUGCGCGUUCGGGGCGGGCUCCGUGGGCAGAGACGUUUGAAACAAGACCUGAAUGAGGUGGGAGGGAGCAUGCAGGUGGUGGGAGAAAAGAGGUCCACGCAAGGGGAACAGCCAGCGCAGAGGCCACGGGGUUCAGGAACAGCAAGAAGAUCGGGGACACAGGGUCCUGGAAGGCCCUGAGAAGGGAAGUCCGGAAGGAGGGAGCAUCCGGGGGCAGAUGAGGUGAGGCGAGGUCUUCGCCUUUGGGUGAGAAUUGCUGAAGUUCCCGGUGACAUUGGCAAGGGCGGUUUCUGAGGAGGAUGCGGGCGGAAGCUUGAUCCAAGUGGCCUCCAGAGUGAGCGAGGAGAGAGGGUGUGGAAGCGGAUAACACAGGCAGCUCUGCUGCGGGGCUGUGGAGACAGCUGGGGGACAAGAGAGCGCUGAGGUUUGUGUGUGUGUGUGUGUGUGUGUUUGCGGUGGGGGGGGAUAAUACUGAAUAAAAUGGGAAAUUAUAAAUGUAUUAUGUGUUCAAAUACUAAGUAAAGAGUAAAGAAGCCGGAGGACAGUCGCAGAAAAGGUAAUGGAAUGGAUACAAGGCCACGCUUGAGUGUGAGGGGACAGGACCAGGUUCCAGUCUCUAAAUUUAACUCAGCACAGGGCCGGGGCGAACCUGCGCUGGCGGAACCUGACACCGUGGCCCGAGCGCCAGGCCCUUGCCCCGGCGAUGCUGGGUCGGCCUCGGUCGGAAACCGGGAGUGGCGCUGGCAGCAUUUGUGCGCCCACCUGUCGCGGCCCGUUUCCCGCGGCUGACUGGGUCAGGCUGGGGCGGCCUGGAGAGUCUGAGGGACGGGGGCGAGGGGGAGAGGCCGCUGGCCAGGGCGGGGGCUGGUGGAGCGCAGAUCCGGGGCGCAGGGCGCUGUCCCGCACUUGAAUGGCCCAGUGCCUCCCGGCCCGUAGUCAACGUGCGCCUCCCCUCCCGGCUCCCAGCCGGGCGCGGCCCGGGGCUCAAGUCUCUGCCUGCCCAGUGGCAGCCCCGCCCUUCCUCUCCCAGUGGGCCCUCGGCGCCCAGCUCCGCGUCCUGUGAGGUCCAGUGGCCGCCCAGGCGCGACCAGAUCUGGGUGCGCGGAGAGCGCGCAUGGCGGCUGUGGGACCGCGGACCGGCCCCGGAACCGGGGCCGAGGCUCUAGCGCUGGCGGCAGAGCUGCAGGGCGAGGCGACGUGCUCUAUCUGCCUAGAGCUCUUUCGUGAGCCGGUGUCCGUCGAGUGCGGCCACAGCUUCUGCCGCGCCUGCAUAGGGCGCUGCUGGGAGCGCCCGGGCGCGGGGUCUGUUGGGGCCGCCACCCGCGCGCCCCCCUUCCCACUGCCCUGUCCGCAGUGCCGCGAGCCCGCGCGCCCCAGUCAGCUGCGGCCCAACCGGCAGCUGGCGGCAGUGGCCACGCUCCUGCGGCGCUUCAGCCUGCCCGCGGCCGCCCCGGGAGAGCACGGGUCCCAGGCGGCCGCGGCCCGGGCAGCGGCUGCCCGCUGCGGGCAGCAUGGCGAACCAUUCAAGCUCUACUGCCAGGACGACGGACGCGCCAUCUGCGUGGUGUGCGACCGCGCCCGCGAGCACCGCGAGCACGCCGUGCUGCCGCUGGACGAGGCGGUGCAGGAGGCCAAGGAGCUCUUGGAGUCCAGGCUGAGGGUCUUGAAGAAGGAACUGGAGGACUGUGAGGUGUUCCGGUCCACGGAAGAGAAGGAGAGCAAGGAGCUGCUGAAACAGAUGGCAGCGGAGCAGGAGAAGGUGGGGGCAGAGUUCCAGGCACUGAGGGCUUUCCUGGUGGAGCAGGAGGGUCGGCUGCUAGGCCGCCUGGAGGAACUGUCCCGGGAGGUGGCACAGAAGCAGAAUGAGAACCUGGCCCAGCUCGGGGCUGAGAUCACCCAGCUGUCCAAGCUCAGCAGCCAGAUCCAGGAGACAGCUCAAAAGCCUGACCUUGACUUUCUCCAGGAAUUCAAAAGCACGCUGAGCAGGUGUAGCAAUGUGCCUGGCCCCAAGCCAACCACAGUCUCUUCUGAGAUGAAGAAUAAAGUCUGGAAUGUUUCUCUCAAGACCUUUGUCUUAAAAGGGAUGCUGAAGAAGUUCAAAGAGGACCUUCGGGGAGAGCUGGAGAAAGAGGAGAAAGUGGAGCUCACCUUGGAUCCCGACACGGCCAACCCGCGCCUCAUCCUCUCUCUGGAUCUUAAGAGUGUGCGCCUCGGCGAGCGGGCCCAGGACCUGCCCAACCACCCCUGCCGCUUCGACACCAACACCCGCGUCCUGGCGUCCUGCGGCUUCUCCUCGGGCCGGCAUCACUGGGAGGUGGAGGUGGGCUCUAAGGACGGCUGGGCCUUUGGCGUGGCCCGCGAGAGCGUGCGCCGAAAGGGCCUGACGCCCUUCACUCCCGAGGAGGGCGUCUGGGCCCUGCAGCUCAACGGCGGCCAGUACUGGGCCGUGACCAGCCCCGAGCGGUCGCCCCUCAGCUGCGGGCACCUGUCGCGCGUGCGGGUGGCCCUGGACCUGGAGGUGGGAGCCGUGUCCUUCUACGCUGUGGAGGACAUGCGCCACCUCUACACCUUCCGCGUCAACUUCCAGGAGCGCGUGUUCCCGCUUUUCUCUGUUUGCUCCACGGGCACCUACUUGCGAAUCUGGCCUUGAGGGGCACUGCUGGGGAGCUCCUGUCUCUGGGCUGCCGGUGGGAGGGGAUGUCGCCUCCCCAGAGAUGCCUGGUCCGUCUUGGGUCUGCCCUCCGUGCUCCUGACCCCUGCUGCCCAAGAGAGCCUGCUACAGACACAACCCCGAGGCAGGAGAGUGACUGUGGCCAACCGAGCAGGGGAACAGGGGCUUUGGACUCCUGAGGGUGUUCCCUUCCUGAGGUCACAUGUGGAUUUGGCCAGAGCCUACAGGAGGUGGAGGCCGGUGAGGUCAGGAGCCCAGCUCUCCAGGGGGCUUCUGCCCUGACUGGGAAGGGUGCCUGGCUCCCUAAAACAAUGUCAAAGCCAGUCCUGCUGUUCUCUGUUGCCAGGGGACAGGUCUGGGCCUGGGCCAACCACGUUUGUUAUCAUGGCUGCUGCCUUCUGGACAGCUGCCAGCUCUGCCUUGAGAAGUUGUGGGACCUCUGGAUCCAGCUGACCUGACAGGUCAUCUACUCAGGGAGGAUCCCUGUGCUCCCAGCUCAGAGGACAGUCUGGGCCAGAACUGGAAGGAGCCAUCUGUCCCGUCUUUGAGGGACAAGCCCGGGACAACAGCCAGUGGGCAUCACGGCUCUCCAGCACUCCUUAGCCAGAGGAUACAGAGUGAUGGGUGCAUCCUGACCAAUGCGACAACCAACACGUGCUCUCACAAACACCUGACUCCCACACUUUCCAGUGCCAAAGUACAAACGCUGCUUGGAUAAGGAGAGCAAAGCUUCUGGAACUUUAUUUACUCUUUCUUUUUAAUUUUCUUUUAAGAGACUGGGUCUUGCUAUGUUGCCCAGGCUGGUCUUGAACUCCUGGCCUCAAGUGAUCCUCCAGUUUCCAUCUCCCUAAGAGCUGGGAUUACAGGUGUGAGCCGCUGUACCCGAACUUUUUUUGUUUUUGCUUCUGGAACUUUGAAACACAAAACACAAGUUGGCACUUACAAUUUUAAAGAUGCAGCCAGCUCUAAACAACGCACAGAGCACAAAUAUGCUCCUGACGGACUCAGGAAAAUGCCAACAGCAGAGCACCCUGGUGCCAAGGCCUUCUCAGCCCAUGCCCUGGAGGGCAUUCCCCUGGCCAGCCUCAGCCCCUUGUCUACUUGUUCUCCAGCUUCUGGGUAGCUGGGCUUCUGGAUGGGUGGCAGUGGGCUGCUCCCUGCUCAGCGCUCCCCUGGGAAGGGGGUGAGGAGAUGAAAAUGAAGACUAUGAGCUGUC